GUCAGGCGAGGGGCGGCGCGGAACUCGCCGGACGGGAGGUGGCCGUUAGGGCCGUUGAGUUGGUGGCGGCUCCCAGCACAAGGCUCCAGAUGGAAGCGGCACCAGAUCCCGGGCCGGGGCUCUGCUGCAAACCUGGCGGGCGGCUGGACAUGAGCCACGGCUUUGUGCACCACAUCCGACGGAACCAGCUCGCCCGGGACGACUAUGACAAGAAGGUGAAGCAGGCGGCCAAGGAGAAGGCGAGGAGGCGGCACACGCCCGCGCCGACGCGGCCCCGCAAGCCCGACCUGCAGGUGUACCUGCCGCGACGCCGAGAUGGCUCUACCCACCCAAGCAACCCAGACUGUGAGGAGUCCGGUGAAAGCAGCAGUAGUGGCAGCUCCGAGCCAGAACCUUCUGGCCAUCAGCUCUUCUGUUUAGAAUAUGAGGCAGACAGCGGAGAGGUCACCUCAGUUAUCGUGUAUCAGGACGAUGAUCCAGGAAGGGUGAGUGAGGAGGUGUCAGCACACACGCCUCUGGAUCCACCCAUGCGAGAGGCCCUCAAGUUGCGCAUCCAGGAGGAGAUUGCAAAGCGCCAGAGGCGACACUGACCAGGCUGAAGGCAUUCUCACCAGGCUGGAUUCACUGCCCAGGGAGCUCACUCCUAGUUUCGGGGUGCCAGGACCAGUCUGAGCUGAUCUUGAGAGACACACACACACACCCAAGUUCAACAUCCAUAGGAACAGAGUGUUGCAGGGACAGGCCUGCUUUACAGGCUAUUCUUUCUUGCAUGUUGGCCGAUUUGACCAGCUUAGUAUUCUGGAAUUUGAGAAUUUUGUUUGGCUAACUUGGUGUUCUAGAAGCAUAGAUUCCAGGGAGAGCUGAGCUUUAUGAAACCUUAUGCCAACAUGCUGCUUUCUUACUGAGGUCGUAUGCCGUGGGACACCUAACCACUGCUGCUCCACCCAGCUCAAUGAACCCUGUUUGUUGUUUUACAGUUCAUUUGUUCCUUGCUUCUGCUCACUUCCAUCCAUGUUUUCCUAGAUCUUUUUUUCAGCCGUUUCUUUGUUCUUUCCAUUCCCUCAUCUUUGUCUCAGAAUCCAUCAGUUCCACCGCACCUCCCAAUGUGACUGUGCACCUCCCAACUGCUCAGGACUUUGGAGGUGGGGAGUUCUGGGGGUUCUACCUUUCUUUCCCGGUAAUUCUCAUACCAAUAAAGUGGGAGAUCUUCAUUUUUGAGACUGACUUGCAAGCAUGUCUCCCUCCCCUUCCAUGGCUUUUGCAAGUUUCUCUCAUACCGCACGGCUUUGCACUGUCUAGAUAAAGAGACCUAGGAAGAUGAUGCCAGAACUCAACUGCAAGGAUUUCUUGCAGCAAAACCUGCCUUGGUUAGGGCUACAGGAUUCCAGUUUUCAACCUCAUCCCUAGUUGUGAACAGACCAUCCCCUGCUCAGGCUAAAGGUGAAUUAUCAAAACAAGCUUGAAACUGACUCUCCAAAUGUGAUCUAACAGUCUUUGAAUGUAUGUACAAAGGGAAAUUCAACAUGAGCAAUAAUUGCCUAUUUGGAGCCCUAGUUGCAAAAAAAAAAAAAAAAAAAAGGCCUGUACAAUGGGCAGCAAAAUGAGCCUCUCUCAUCUGCCCUGCCCCUGCCCCAUUCUUUCUCCUUUCCUAUCUCCCAAGAGUAUAGAAACUGAGAUCCUUAGACUAAAAGAUCCUAGGAAUAUCACUGUUUUCACCUCAGUGAACAUUUUCCCUAAUGCAGGAUUAGGCUAAGGUCUGUCUGAGAAGUCCACAAGACAUCCUAUGUACUGCCACUUCAGAUUUCCAGCAAUUGACCUAACCUCAGCGACUUAAAGUAUGGGGUUUAAGUGAGCCCAUGAACACUAAGACUUCUUGAAACCAAAGUCCCCCUGCCUCAGGGGUUUUCUCUACAUCAGGGUCUCAAGAUCAGUCUGGCUGUUCUAUCUCAGCGGCUUUUCUCUUAAAGGACACCUGAGGGCACUGUUGGUUUGCGCCUACACCCCUGAAAAUCUACCACCUCAGAAAUGGGGCAAGGCAGCUACUUAAACUACAUCAUUAGAACCCAGUGAGCCACAGCUUGCAGUGCCCAGAGGAAUUCUGGCAACGUGAGUGAGGUAGAUAAGUUAGAUGGGCCUGGUUGUGAUGGGAGCCAGGGACCAGAGUGUUCCUGGCCCACAGAGCUGGCCCAAGGUUAAAUGCCUUAAACUUGCCAGUCCUGGGCUCGUUUCUACUUUCAGAGGAGAAAGUCUGCCCUCCACUUACUCAGCCAGGCUAGAAGUGCCUUUUGACUUAAAAUGUUAACUAUCCUCCAGAGUCUCCGAGUCAAGGAGGCUGUGCCAUACUCUCUCCCCAAUCUUCCUGCAGCUCAGAGGCCUGGGGAUUUUAGUCUUCCAGCUCUUCAACUGAUCUUCUGACUUGGACAUAGGAUUUCACUGGAACUCUUAGGCUUCCUAGUCUGGAAAUACUUUUUGGGUCUGCUCACAACUGGAUGGCCUGUUUCACGGAUUUAUUACAGAAUUCAGAAACAAGACCAGAAGACGAGGUUGGGGGCAUGGCACCUGAAAUUUUGGCCUCCAUUCCUGUUUGUGAGAAGGGAAGUGUGUACCUAAUAUAACCUUUUAUGUCAUGUACUCACACUCGCAGGUAAGAGACUGAUUGGAACUCCUUGUUUGUGAACUUUCUUUCUUGAGGCAUUUUGCUUAUCAAGUGCAUAUAAAAUAUUUUCCACCCAAGAAAGCAGCCUAAUUCUUAGCUAAUUUAAGCAGUAGGACUACAGGAAGCACUAAGCCUGGUACUUAAACGGGAGGUUGUCCUUUUGGGGAGGCCUGUUGGUGGUGAUGCUGCCACAGCCCCGGAUGUGCCUGAAAUGCCUCUCUGCUUCUCAGCCAGCUGACAGCCUUUUAGCUCAGGCUCGUUGCUUAUUGCCACCCCUCCUCUAGGGUCCAGGAUGGUACUGCUACUAUCCAGUUUAUUCACCAGACUUGCCUCCAGACAUCUUCCAGCUGUUUUCAGAAAUCAGUGCUUUCCCAUCAAGGAGCAUGUUACAGAGCAUUUCCCACAGGCUCUAGAGAUGUUACAGAGGACUGCCCCAUGCUAUUUGGUACAGUGGCAACAGUGUCAGACUGACUGGAGCUCUCUGGCAGGCUGCUUCAGAAAGAACACUCAUUUGACUAGAUGCAUUCUUGGCUGUCUAAAAAAAAAAAAGUCUGGUAGUCUCAUAGACCUAUCUCAUGCCCAUGAGUGUUCUUCACUUACUGAGGGUAGGCCUUGGAUUUUAAGGCUUUCUGUUUCCUGGGCCACCAUGGGUGAUACUAUAAAUAGAAGGAAUCUGGGGUUUUUAGGGGCUUUGGGCUGUGUAAGAGUAAACACUAAAGUUUGAGUUCUAGCCAGUUGACAAGCCUAGAAAUCUUUGAAGAAUGUAAUGAAAGAAGGAAAAGGAAGAAUGUAAAGCUUUCUGUACUGAGAGUAGGAGUCUGUGGCACUUGGCCAGCCAGUAGAACCAACGUGGGCAAUAACAAAUGACUCUCCCUGUGGAUGAGCCUCUGAAAGGGGCAUUUCACCUCCAUGGUCCACUCUGAGGCGCACUGCCAACUAGAGAUUAGCCCAUGGGGCUGGAAGAAACCCUUUGAAGUAGUGAGUAUCCGAACUGCUGUGCAUUUGCCAGGAUGCAUGGAUAGUAGGGUAGUGGAUCCCCAUCUGGUUCACAAGCAUAAAUGAGACCUUUGCAUAUCAAAAGAGGAAUGAGGACAGAUGACUUUCCUACCUUUGAGCCUUUUGGGAUAAUCAGCACAGAAUGUUAACAAUUAUUUGAAACAUUUUCAGCUCCCUCAUUGAAUUCCUAUCCUAUCCCUAAGGACUCAGAUGGUCAAGAAGCCAUAGGCACCCACCCAAAUUUCUCCAGUAGUUAGAGUGACGCCAGAAGUAAAAACCUGAGUAUAUGGCUCCUUUGCCUUCUCAGAGCCUCCAGGAUGAGAGAUUGGUUGCACUGGUUGUGUUAAAUGUAUAACAAGCCAUAUAUUCUUUUCUCAUUUCCAAUGUUUCUGCUGUGUGAAUGAAUGAAGUGUGCAAAUUAUUUGAAAAUCUUGGAAGGCGGUACUUUUCGAAAACAGUAUUCUUUUUAAGCAAUAAACUAUUUUUACAGCACUGUU